AUGGGGAGGGAAGAGGAGGAGAAGCGCGAAGCGCCGAACCGCGACGCGGAAGAAAAGGUGGCGUCUUAUCGCAUGGGCCAUUUCGCGGCGCGUGCUCACGUGCAUGCCUGCGGCAUGCGGGUUCCUACGUCGACUUGCUGUCGGCGGUGGACACUUAACCGAUCUCUCCAUAUGUAUGGUGUCGGCAGCGGCGUCGUGGCCCGUUCCACCUGUAGUAACAAAAGCUGCAAGCCCUGGUCCAGCGGUCUGGUCGCUAUCAAUAUUAAGGGCAGCCCAAACAGUGGCUAUUACCACGCCGAAGUUUUUGAUCAGUGCUGCAAAGCCUGCAAACAACUCGGCGCCUUGGAGCUGGACGAGACCGUUUAUGUCGAGCGAGUCGCGCGCCGGCUCAAGAUCUGGGCGGGGAUGCCGUUGGAGGCGCCUGUUCUCUCGGCAAAGACGAGCAAGCCUCACGAGCGUAGGCUUUGCGAGGGCUGCAAGAGGGGCUACUGUUAG